UAUAUAUAUCCACCUUGAUACCGCGUAAAUAUGAAUUUAUAUUGUAAUAUUGCAUCAAACAUUAACAUUAAUCAUGACAAAAUAUACAUAAAUAUAUUAUAUAAACAUGAACUUAUGAUUAUUAUCUAUACAAUCGCUUAUCAGAACUAAUCGAUUGAUUUUAUCAUAAUAAAACCCUGUUCCUGUAGGCUGUAUUCCUGUUUGAUGUUUCUCAGGUUUCUGUAGGUACUCGUGUUCCAUGAUUUUAUUACUGCGAUUUAAAUAAUUUUAUGUACAUUUUCUUAUAUUAAAAAUAGACCUAUUAUAAUGCCGGUGUGUGAGUUUUUUGGGUGUUACAGUGGUAGCAAAAAAAAAGGUUUACCAAAAUAUGCAAAAGUUAUUUUACAUAGGUUUCCAAAAGAUCCAAAAUUAAGAAUUCUAUGGCAAAAUCAAAUCCUACCAGGUCAUCAGAAUUUAAGGCAAAUUAAUUUUAAUUCAGCUGUAGUUUGCUCGUUGCAUUUUGCUCCAUACCAUUAUAAUCAUAAUGAUAUAGGUGCAUUCAAUUUAAAAUCAGACGCUGUACCAUUAUAUUCUUCUGGUUUUGAUGAAAACAUUGAAUGUGGUACAAAUGGAUGUGAUAUGGGUACCAAAGAUGGGAUAGAUGAAAUAGUUAUGAAGUAAUUUUUUGAUUUCUUAUAAUUUAAUCAAUAUUGAAGUUUUUCUAAUUUUUUUUAU